AAGGCGGAGCCCUGCCUGGCAAGAUGGCGCUGCCCGCGUUGUUACGCCCGUUCUCCAAGCUGCUGGCCCCUGCCAGGCUCCCAAGCGGCUCUUCAGCGCGAUCAAAGUUCUACAUUCGGGAGCCGCCACAUGACAGACCUGAGUGGCUGAAAGUUGGACUGACCUUGGGCACCUCCGCCUUCUUGUGGAUCUAUCUCAUCAAACAACAUAAUGAAGAUGUUUUAGAGUAUAAAAGAAGAAAUGGGUUGGAAUAAACUUGAAAUACUAAUAUGUAGUCUCUACACCCAGCGUCAGGCUCGAACUCACAACCCUCAGAUCAAGUUGCAUGCUCCUCCAGCUGAGCCAGCCAGGCGCCUCUAUUUAGUUUGUACUUUUUAGCACUGAUAUUCCUGCCUGUGAUAAAUUUAUGAAUUUUAAUACCUUAGCUGAAGCAUCUCUCAGCAUAAUCAUUUUUUAGCAUCAUUUGUAAUCAUUAUACUUUGUGUUCAAAGAAAGUUGUGUUUAAGAAUGAAACCAAAAUUGGGAUGCCUGGGUGGCUCAGUCAGUUAAGCGUCUACCUUCGGCUCAGGUCAUGAUCCUAGGGUCCUGGGAUCGAGUCCCAUCGGGUUCCUUGCGCAGUGGGGAGCCUGCUUCUCACUCUGCCUGUCAUUCCCCCGCUCGUGUGCGUGCAUGCGCGUGCACUCUCACCGUCUCUUUUUCUCUCUGACAAAUAAAUAAAAUCUUUAAAAAAACAAAAAAGAA